CUUAUUACAGUUGGCUCUACAAUUUACUUAUCGUCUCCUGUCUACAAUGAUGUUCAUCACUGAUGGAAGUGAUCUUAUAGGCGUGACAAGAGUUCUGGAAAUAAAAUACAUGGUGAUAAUACGUUCAGCUUUCCGAGUGGUGGGCGCAUGGCCAUCCAAAUUCAUUGGCGAUGUACAGACUACGUCAGAUGUAGUGGUAAAAUACAUACAGCUGGUUUUAAACGUGGUUUGCCAAGUAGCAGGGAUCCUAUACCUGCGUGAAAACAUGGACAAACUAAGCUUUUUCGAGUUAGGCCAUAGUUAUAUUACCGUGCUCAUGUCCCUUGUGUCUAUGUCUCGAAUCAUAACUCAUUGUACAGAAGCCUAUCAAGAGAUCUUCAGUUUAUACGUGAGGAAAAUACAUUUAUUCAAUGUAAGGAACGAUUCCGAGUACGCUAUGGAGAUGCACACAAAAAUUCACAAAUUGUGUUACUUUCUUACAUUUUUCAUUCACGCCUUCAUGACAUUGGGCAUUUUAAUGUUCAACCUUAUACCUAUGUAUAGUAACUACAUCAAUGGGAAAUUUAACCGCGAAACUGGUGCGUUUAGUGGGGUAAGUAACGCUACCAUGGAACAUGCGGUGUACUACCUAUGGCCUUUCAACGACACCACCCACCCCAUAGGUUACGCCAUCAUCGUCGCCUUCAACUGGUACAUUUCCCUCGUUUGCUCCAUUAACUUCUGCACAUUCGAUCUGUUCCUGUAUCAUCUGGUGUUUCACAUUUGGGGACAUCUAAAAAUUCUUAUUCACAACCUGGAAACCUUUCCUCGUCCGAUUGGAGCCAUUAGAAAUGAAGAACAAAAUGAUUAUACAGAAGAAGAAUCGAAGCAAAUUUACGAACGAUUGAAGAAGCUGGUUCAACAUCAUAAUCUAAUUAUAGAUUUCAUUGCAAGGAUUUCCGAUACAUUUGGACUAUCGUUGUUCGUGUACCUGUGCUAUCAUCAGGUCUGCGGUUGUAUUCUGCUACUGGAAUGUUCUACGCUGGAACUAAGCGCUUUGAUCCGCUAUGGACCCCUGACUGCAAUCAUAUUUCAACUACUAAUCCAAGUGUCCUUAGUCUUCGAACUGCUAGGAUCAAUGACUGAAAGCCUGAUGAACGCUGUGUACGACUUGCCAUGGGAAUACAUGGAGGUCCGCCAUCGGAGGACAGUCCACAUCAUGCUGAGACAGUCUCAGGUCUCGCUGAACACUAGGGCGCUGAACAUGGUGGACAUCGGCUCGAGGACCAUGAUUGCUAUAAUAAAAACGUCGCUGUCAUACUUUGUUAUGCUGCGGACAUUUGCUACUGAUGAUUAAACUUAAUUAAUAAUUAUUAUUAAUUCUACGAGUAGUAAAAGCCAGUCACUUUUAAAUAAUCACUACACAUAAUAACUAACGUCUGACAUAGGUAAUUAUUAGAGAAGCAUCAGAAAGUUUGUUGGCAUUUUAUUUUGUAUUAAUAAAACACUUUCCGUUAGUUUCUUAGUUUACUAGCAACAAGCAAUCAUUUUUAGUAAAAUUAUCUUACUGUACAGGUAUCAACCUAUUAAUAUCAAUGUCUUUAAACUUUGAAAGAGCUGAAAUUAUAUUAUUACUUAGCUUAUGGUACGGUACUACGUUUUUUUUUACGUUACGUAACGUUUUACGUUUAAGUUGGUCGUAUGAUAUUAUGUUCCUACGGUAUUACGACUAUGAACUCGACUAAAUUAGUCUAAUGUAACCUAUCUACCAAUAAAAUAUACAAAAAAAAAGCAGCGAGGCAUUAAAGAAGGAAAAAUAGGCAAGAUAUAACUCGUUUUCGAAAUCGCAGAUCGCAGCAAGAACUAACUACAAAAGAUGAGUCUUGAAAGAUUCCUGAAAAACACUAAUAACGAUCGUUUCAUACGGAAAAAUCUUGCCUAGUGGCAAGAAAAUUUUCCCGCAGCAGUCGUAGCUGGUUUGCUCGAUCGUAGUAGUUCGUAGCCAUUCGUAGCCGUAGCCAAUCGUAGGUCGUAGCUGUG